AUGCUUCCUCGCAUAACUGCCGUAAUCGCGGCUCUCUCGGGCCUUGCCCCUGGUACUCUAGCGUCUCACGCAUCGCCAUGUUCUGCGAAGACCUUCAAGUCGCUUAAACUUAAAGGAAUCGACAUCAAAUCUCUCGAUGUGACUGCUACCCAUAAUCUUUCUACUAGCGGUCGCAAUGCCACCGGUGGUGUAGGCAUUAUUCCUGAUAUACCUGGCACCCCGGCACCGACCGUGGAUAUUUGUUUGGUCACGAUCACCUAUACACACCACGGCCAGGGAGACGUCAUCAACACGUACAUAGGGCUGCCUCUCGACGCCAAAGACUGGAACUCACGAUUCCUGAUGGACGGUGGCGGAGCCUGGUAUGCCGGAGGGGAGAGCGAGGUUCUCGCACCAGUUCUAGCAGGAUACGCAUCCUCUUCCACAGAUGGAGGACAUGACAAUACCGCUUCGACGGGUGAUUGGGUAUUGACCAAGGACGGACAUAUAAAUUGGCCCAAUGUUUGGGACUUUUCAUCCAUCGCCAUCGCAGAGGCAGCCGUGCUUGGAAAAUUGGCCACAAAACUGUACUACGGGUGUGAGCCGAAGUAUUCUUACUGGCACGGCUGCUCCACCGGUGGUCGUCAAGGACAUGCAAUGGCCCAGCAAUAUCCCGAACUCUUUGAUGGAAUUGUUGGUGGUGCUCCCGCAGUCAACUGGGAUAAGUUUGCUCCCGCUGGCUUCUGGGGUCCCUUGACAGCUCAAAUUCUUGAUGUACAACCACCAACAUGUGUUCUUGACGCAUUCACCAACGCUGCCAUCGAAGCCUGCGAUGAGCUUGAUGGGGUGAAAGACGGAAUCAUUGCCUUGCCGGGGCAAUGCCAUUUCCAAGCUUCAUCCCUGAUCGGCCAAACGGUCCAAUGUAUCGACCCUAGCGGUGAAAUCACAAUCACCAAAAAGAUGGCCGACCUCGUUGCUGCAGUCUGGGACGGACCUCAUUCAGAAGAUGGACGUUUUGAAUGGUACGGCUUCCACUACGACUCCAACCUGGCGUCUAUGAUCGGUACAACUUGCACGUCAAUCGAUGAUUGCACAAUAACUCCAUUUUCAGUUAGCGAUGACUGGGUGAAGGUCUUCCUUGCUCGUCACGCUUCCUUCAACACAAGCAGCCUCACUCACCAAGACUACGACCGUCUCUUCCGCCAAUCGAUCCACCAAUUCUCAUCUGUGAUUGGAACCGAGAACCCAGACCUCAGCAAGAUGAAGCGGGCAGGAACAAAGAUGAUCGCAUGGCAUGGUAUGCAGGACCAGCUUGUUCCAACGAAUGGCACAGUGGACUACUAUAAUCGCGUCCUCGAGCUGGAUCCCCGUGCUGCAGACUAUUACCGGUUCUUCUUGGCUCCAGGAGUGACCCAUUGCGGGUUUGGUAGUGGCUUUGACCCUGCUGAGACUGUCUUCGGGACUCUCCAGGCGUGGGUGGAAAAUGGUACUGUGCCGGAUCGCCUUGAAGGCGUCGCUGUUGCAGUGGCACCUUCGAAUACCUCGGCUACACGCACGGCAUAUUUGUGUCCGUAUCCGGAGGUCUUCACCUUUAUUGGUGGAAACCCCAAUGAGGCUUCGUCUUUCACUUGUGUCAAAUAGAGGAACGAGCAACAUCAAGUAGCGAGAAUGGGAGCCUCAAUCCUAGAUGGAUGUUCUCUUUCACAAAACUCAUGUCGAAUGUAAUGAUACUUG